GUUUGAUAUCUGAUAGAGAAUCCAAACAGAUGGUAUAUUAGGGAGCCAGAGCUCUAGAGGGAAAUGUAAAACGGGCUCUCCUCCUGAUCAGGAUCUGUUAGGCGUGUAAUAGUUACUAUUCUCAUUUGUUACGCUUCGUGGCUAACUAACCACAGCUCCAGAGAUAGCUACUCUUCUGAAUAAGCAACAUGAGUCAACUGACAAGGUAUGUGAAACAGAAACCGUACUUGCUUAUGAGCUACAAUAGUGUACUAUUACACUCCUAGAAAAAAAGGGUUCCAAAAUGGUUCUGCGGCUGUCCCCAUAGCAGAAACCUUUUUGGUUCCAGAUAGAACCCUUUUUGGUUCCAGGUAGACCUAUUUUGGGUUCCAUGUAGAACACUCUGAGGAAAGGUUCUACAUGGAACCCAAAAGGUUUCUACCUGGAACCAAAAGGGUUCUACCUGGAACUAAACAGGGGUUCUUCAAAUGGUUCUCCUAUGGGGACAGCCGAAUAACCCUUUUUGGUUCUUUUUUUCUAAGAGUGUAGGCUAUGUCUAAUUUCUGCUCAUAUGGGUAGGCUUGUGGCUAAUGGGUAGAAGUUCAAAGAGGUCACGACCAGGUUCAAAGUCAUGUUAUCAAACAUUUAUGUUGUCUUGCCUGUUGGAACAAAUGAUCCCACAAACAGAAACAGAAUAUUGUAACAAUUCAGACCCCUGAAAAUAGGAAUGUGAGCUUUUUUACUUUUAUCAUUGAUAAACUAGAGUGCACUGUCAACCCAUGUAAUUUGCUAGUUCAAACAAAUAUACUGUAUGUUCCAAUGCAAAUUGAGCCUAAUACCACGUAAAAACACAGCUUGAACCCAGACUAGAACCCUUAUUGAAAAAUAUUCCUGAAUGUCCAACAGACUGAGCCUGUAUAUUGCACAGCAAAAGCAUCAGGUAGUCGUUUUAACAUUGGCUUUGGAUGAUGUUUUCUUAGUAUUUUAGCAACCAUUGUGUGUUUCCAUCUCUUGGACAAUUGCAGUUGGUUCACCGCAGUUCGUCAGAUGUUCCUAAAGAGAAAUGUCAGUAAAGGCUCCCCUCUCUGUUUACUGUGCUGGCUGGUCAGAGGAUGUUCACAGCAUAGGGCAAUAUUUAUCUUUCUAAUCUGCCAUGUUGUUUUGUGGUGGAAAUGUUAUUGUGUAAAUCCAAAUUACACAGAAAACAGAAUUGUCUUCAUGACCAAACUCAAGAAGUGGAAAGGAGAAGUGAUUGUUCUUGCAGAGGUGUUAGUAUUUUCCCUCCGCUAUGAUGACAUUUUAGGCAGGCAGCCAGUGUCAGUGAGUUCAUUCACAACGCAAACAUUGAGCUGGAUAGUAGCUAGAUGCAGCAGGUGGCCUCUCGGGUCAAUUUACUCAUUAAGAUAUGGAUACAUUUAACAAGUUCACAGCUCCUGCAAGUGUAAAACUUCGGUAAGAGAUACCCAUAUUUGUAUGCAAUGUUAUGUUGGGCAAUGUAUUUGUAACACUUGGAAAAAUGUUAUAUUGUUAACCUUUGUAAUCAGAACCAAACCAAACCUUUUUACAAUUUAAAUUCAGGCUAUUAUUCAAUGAUGACCUAUUUCUAUAGAUGACAUAGUGGAAACUGGCAACUAAAAAAAUGCCUACUGUAAAUAUAUAAGUAUAUACGCUAAGUUCCAACCAGUAAUAAUACUGUACAUCUGUUCCAUUGUUUUCUGCAAUGCUCACAAUAAUACAUUUACCAAACCAUUUUUAUCUGCAGCUUAUUGUAGGCCACAGAAACUAUACCAUCCAGAUUAAGUUAAACAGUAAACUGUGUUUAAGCAAAAACCAUUUAUUUAUGAUGCUCUGGUUGGCUGUUACAUAAAUCAAAAUCUAAGUUACUAGUAAUACAAAAUUGAAAAGUGAGAGGGAAUGUGGUAAGAGAAGACUGACUAAUGUGGAUGUUACUGUAAUUACACGUCUCACACCUGUCUCCCUCAUGCUCUCAAUCUGUAAUUGCAUGUAGGCUACAGUGAUUGAGUGAGUUUGAGUGUGUAUGGGUGUGAACCUUAUUCACACCUCCAAGUGCUAGCCAGCAUGGAAAGUUGACUCUGAAAGACUGCAACUAUGGUUUUAUUCCAUGUUGAAGUUUACAUAUUUUCAGUGUUCCGCAGCCUGCAAUAGACUAUGCCAGAGCCAUAUAUUUAGACCAUGCCAUAAUAGUAUCAAUAUACAGUGCAUUCAGAAAGUAUUCAGACCCCUUGACUAUUUACACAUUAUGUUAUGUUACAGCCUUAUUCUAAAAUGGAUUACAUUAUUUUUUCCCUCAUCAAUAUACACAAAAUACCCCAUAAUGACAAAGCAAAAACAGGUUUUUAGAAAUUUUAGCAAAUAUUUAAUUUACAUAAUUAUUCGGACCCUUUACUCAGUACUUUGUUGAAGCAACUUUGGCAGCAAUUACAGCCUCAAGUCUUCUUGGGUAUGACGCUAAAAGCUUGGCACACCUGUAUUUGGGGAGUUUCUCCCAUUCUUCUCUGCAGAUCCUCUCAAGCUCUGUCAGGUUGGAUGGGGAGCGUCCCUGCACAGCUAUUUUCAUCUCUCUUCUCAAGCUCUGUCAGGUUGGAUGGGGAGCGUCCCUGCACAGCUAUUUUCAGGUCUCUCCAGAGAUGUUCGAUCGGGUUCAAGUCCGGGCUCUGCCUGGGCCACUCAGGGUCAUUCAGAGAGUUGUCCCGAAGCCACUCCUGCGUUUUCUUGGCUGUGUGCUUAGGGUCGUUGUCCUGUUGGAAGGUGAACCUUCGCCGCAGUCUGAGGUCCUGAGUGCUCUGGAGCAGGUUUUCAUCAAGGAUCUCUCUGUACUUUGCUCUGUUCAUCUUUCCCUCAACCCUGACUAGUCUCCCAGUACCUGCUGCUGAAAAACAUCCCCACAGCAUGAUGCUGCCACCACCAAGCUUCACCAUAGGGAUGGUGCCAGAUUUCCUCCAGACGUGACGCUUGGCAUUCAGGCCAAAGAGUUCAUUCUUGGUUUCAUCAGACCAGAGAAUCUUGUUUAUCAUGGUGUGAGAGUCCUGUAGGUGCCUUUUGGCAAACUCCAAGUGGGCGUUCAUGUGCCUUUUACUAAGGAGUGGCUUCCGUCUGGCCACUCUACCAUAAAGGCCUGAUUGGUGGAGUGCUGCAGAGAUGGUUGUACUUCUGGAAGGUUCUCCCAUCUCCACAGAGGAACUUUGGAGCUCUGUCAGAGUGACCAUCGGGUUCUUGGUUACCUCCCUGACCAAGGCCCCUCUCCCCCGAUUGAUCUAAAAAGGGUCUUGGGGGUUCAAAACGUCUUCAAUGUAAGAAUGAUGGAGGCCAUUGUGUUCUUGGAGACCUUCAAUGCUGCAUACAUUUUUUGGUACCCUUCCCCAAAUCGGUGCCUCGACACAAUCCUGUCUCGGAGCUCUACGGACAAUUCCUUCGACCUCAUGGCUUGGUUUUUGCUCUGACAUACACUGUCAACUGUGGGACCUUAUAUACAGUGAGGGAAGAAAGUAUUUGAUCCCCUGCUGAUUUUGUACGUUUGCCCACUGACAAAGAAAUGAUCAGUCUAUAAUUUUAAUGGUAGGUUUAUUUGAACAGUGAGAUACAGAAUAACAACGAAAAAAUACAGAAAAACGCAUGUCAAAAAUGUUAUAAAUUGAUUUGCAUUUUAAUGAGCGAAAUAAGUAUUUGACCCUCUCUCAAUCAGAAAGAUUUCUGGCUCCCAGGUGUCUUUUAUACAGGUAACGAGCUGAGAUUAGGAGCACACACUUAAAGGGAGUGGUCCUAAUCUCAGCUUGUUACCUGUAUAAAAGACACCUGUCCACAGAAGCAAUCAAUCAAUCAGAUUCCAAACUCUCCACCAUGGCCAAGACCAAAGAGCUCUCCAAGGAUGUCAGGGACAAGAUUGUAGACCUACACAAGGCUGGAAUGGACUACAAGACCAUCGCCAAGCAGCUUGUUGAGAAGGUGACAAUAGUUGGUGCGAUUAUUCGCAAAUGGAAGAAACACAAAAUAACUGUCAAUCUCCCUCUGCCUGGGGCUCCAUGCAAGAUCUCACCUCGUGAAGUUGCAAUGAUCAUGAGAACGGUGAGGAAUCAGCCCAGAACUACACAGGAGGAUCUCAAGGCAGCUGGGACCAUAGUCACCAAGAAAACAAUUGGUAACACACUACGCCGUGAAGGACUGAAAUCCUGCAGCGCCCGCAGGGUCCCCCUGCUCAAGAAAGCACAUAUACAGGGCCGUCUGAAGUUUGCCAAUGAACAUCUGAAUGAAAGUGUUGUGGUCAGAUGAGACCAAUAUCAAGCUCUUGGGCAUUUUGCUUUGGGGGUGUUUUUCUGCUAAGGGGACAGGACAACUUCACCGCAUCAAAGGGACGAUGGACGGGGCCAUGUGCCGUCAUAUCUUGGGUGAGAACCUCCUUCCCUCAGCCAGGGCAUUGAAAAUGGGUCGUGGAUGGGUAUUCCAGCAUGACAAUGACCAAAAACACACGGCCAAGGCAACAAAGGAGUGGCUCAAGAAGAAGCACAUUAAGGUCCUGGAGUGGCCUAGCCAGUCUCCAGACCUUAAUCCCAUAGAAAAUCUGUGGAGGGAGCUGAAGGUUCGAGUUGCCAAACGUCAGCCUCGAAACCUUAAUGACUUGGAGAAGAUCUGCAAAGAGGAGUGGAACAAAAUCCCUCCUGAGAUGUGUGCAAACCUGGUGGCCAACUACAAGAAACGGCUGACCUCUGUGAUUGCCCACAAGGGUUUUGCCACCAAGUACUAAGUCAUGUUUUGCAGAGGGGUCAAAUACUUAUUUCCCUCAUUAAAAUGCAAAUCAAUUUAUAACAUUUUUGACAUGCGUUUUUCUGGAUUUUUGUGUUGUUAUUCUGUCUCUCACUGUUCAAAUAAACCUACCAUUAAAAUUAUAGACUGAUCAUGCCUUUGUCAGUGGGCAAACGUACAAAAUCAGCAGGGGAUCAAAUACUUUUUUCCCUCACUGUAGACAGGUGUGUGCCUUUCCAAAUCAUGUCCAAUCAAUUGAAUUUACCACAGGUGGACUCCAAUCAAGUUGUAGAAACAUCUCAAGGAUGAUCAUUGGAAACAGGAUUCACCUGAGCUCAAUUUCAAGUCUCAUAGCAAAGGGUCUGAAUACUUAUGUAAAUAAGGUAUUUCUGUUUUUUUGUUUUUAAUACAUUUGCAAAAUUCUCUAAAAACCUGUUUUCGCUUUGUCAUUAUGUGGUAUUGUGCGUAGAUUGAUAAGGAAAAUGUUUUAUUUAAUCCAUUUUAGAAUAAGGCUGUAACGUAACAAAAUAUGGAAAAAGGGAAGGGGUCUGAAUACUUUCCAAAUGCACUGUAACAUUUUGUCUAGCACGUGUUAUUGUCUCCAAAUGGUAUUAACAGUUAUGUACUGUAUUACGUUUAUGAACACUGUAUGAUUUUUGUUGAAUAUGAUACCUUUAAUGAGAAGCUUUAAACGUGUCUUCCAGCCAGCUUCAGAAGAUGGUCCAGGAUAUCAAGAACAAUGAUGGCAGUAUCCUAAACAGGCUGAGAAGGUCAGUUUAUCAAAAUAAAUGUUUGACACUCCAUAAACAGAGAGCACCGCUUAACACUAUUCUCUGUUACCCACAAGUUCGCAAGGACACCAGUUGUGCUCAUAGUUCCAUACAAUGAGUUAUACGUUACACUGAUGAGGUAGAGGUUGGCAUUUAUCUGAAAUGCAGUAUAUGAGGGGAAUGAGAUUCCAGCAUCUCUAUAUGUGGGAACAAGAACAGUGUGUAUGGCAUUGGAAAUACAACUCAGUUCAGCUGAGAGUGCAGUGCGCUCACAUGGUAUAAUUUCUUCAAUGUUCUUUGUGGUGAUAAGCAAGGUUAUUAAAGUUUUCUAAUUCGUUUUUAUUUCGUUUAGUUUUUUGGAUUAUUUGGAAUUCUGUUUAGUUUCAGUUAGUUUUCAGACCUGAUUUGCUAGUUUUUAUUUUGUUUUAGUUGUAUAUAUUCGGUUUUGGUUUUAGUGUUAGGGACAGAAAGCAUGCAUGGGAGGCUAGGAGCCAUUUGUGUUGCAUAGUUCAUUUUUGGGGGGGUGGGGGGAGUAAUAGGUUUGGUUAAGUUUAAAUUAUAAAGUAAAUCUCAAUGUGACUUGGAUUUAAAAGGAAUAGCCCAGAGACAAAAAAUAUGGUGGAAAUAAACUUGAUCUCGUCCAUGUUUACGCCAAUCUAAUGCUUUUUAACAUUCGUAGCACAUGUAAGAAGAAUCAAACUAGCUACCAAGACGAUUUUUUGCCGGUUAGCUAGCGAUAGCUAGUGAUAGUGAUGCACAAGCCAGGCCUUUUUGAAACAUAGCCAUUGCCUUACCGCAUUUAACUGCCAGAUUCAGUAAACAUCCAAAAAGCUUGAAAACCCCAUUCGAUUUUUGCACAAAGUUCAGAAAAAUUAAUAAAACUAAACAUAAUUCAUAAUGGUUUUUAUUUUAUUUCAGUUAGUACUUGAGUCCAAGAUAACAGUUUCAGUAUAGUUUUAGUUUUUCAAACAGGUUUGUUCAUUAUUUUAUUUCAGUUACUAAAUUGUUUUUUCAUGAUUCGUUUUAGUUUCAAUUUUAGUUUACUAUAGUAACCUUGGUGAUAGGUGGCUAUUCCUCUUUCUUCAACUGUUAGGAAAAUAUAAGUAGUCUCUCGAUCUGAAAAUAGACAAACAGAAAAACAUGUGCAUGGCUUUACUCUCUCUCUUUACCUCCUUGAAAAGGAGCCACUGGCACACAACUGUAAAUGUAAACAUGCUGUAGAACUAAAGUAUUCUGUGAUAGAUAAUGAAGAACUGACAUAAGUUUCAGAAUGAGCAGGUUGUGAUACUACAUAGAACUGGGAGGGUUACCGUUAAUGUGUACAAUCACUCUUCAGGCCCAAAGUUGAAUGUCUAAAAAUAGUCAAGCCCAUUCUUGUUUCUAAACCCACUUGAGCGUGGUCCUCUGUAGCUCAGCUGGUAGAGCACGGCGCUUGUAACGCCAAGGUAAUGGGUUCGAUCCCCGGGACCACCCAUACACAAAAAUGUAUGCACGCAUGACUGUAAGUCGCUUUGGAUAAAAGCGUCUGCUAAAUGGCAUAUUAUUUUAUUAUUAUUAUUAUAAAACUUUGGCUUUUACUCCUAACUGGUCUGUCUGUACUGUAGAUUUAAAAACAAGUCAGCUCCAAAAGUACCUGUAAGAGACUAUCAAGGUAAGACCUUUCUUCAUGUCUCACAAUGUGGCCCUUGAAGUAUUGAAAGUAUUCACCCCCCUUGGCAUUUUUGGUAUUUUGUUGCCUUACAACCUGAAAUUAAAAUGGAUUUUUUGGGGGGUUGUGUCAUUUGAUUUACACAACAUGCCUACCACUUUGAAGAUGCAAAAUAUUUUUUCUUGUGAAACAAACAAGAAAUAAGACAAAAAAACAGAAAACUUGAGCGUGCAUAACUAUUCACCCCCCAAAGUCAAUACUUUGUAGAGCCACCUUUUGCAGCAAUUACAGCUGCAAGUAUCUUGGGGGUAUGUCUCUAUAAGCUUGGCACAUCUAGCCACUGGCAUUUUUGCCCAUUCUUCAAGGCAAAACUGCUCCAGCUCCUUCAAGUUGGAUGGGUUCCGCUGGUGUCCAGCAAUCUUUAAGUCAUACCACAGAUUCUCAAUUGGAUUGAGGUCUGGGCUUUGACUAGGCCAUUCCAAGACAUUUAAAUGUUUCCCCUUAAACCACUCAAGUGUUGCUUUAACAGUAUGCUUAGGGUCAUUGUCCUGCUGGAAGGUGAACCUCCGUCCCAGUCUCAAAUCUCUGGAAGACUGAAACAGGUUUCCCUCAAGAAUUUCCCUGUAUUUAGCGCCAUCCAUUAUUCCUUCAAUUCUGACCAGUUUCCCAGUCCCUGCCGAUGAAAAACAUCCCCACAGUGAAGCAUGGUGGUGGCAGUAUCAUGCUGUGGGGAUGCCACCACCAUGCUUCACUGUGGGGAUGGUGUUCUCGGGGUGAUGAGAGGUGUUGGGUUUGCGCCAGACAUAGCAUUUUCCUUGAUGGCCAAAAAGCUCAAUUUUAGUCUCAUCUGACCAGAGUACCUUCUUCCAUAUGUUUGGGGAGUCUCCCACAUUACCUUUGGCGAACACCAAACGUGUUUGCUUAUUUUUUUCUUUAAGCAAUGGCUUUUUUCUGGCCACUCUUCCGUAAAGCCCAGCUCUGUGGAGUGUACGGCUUAAAGUCCUGUAGACAGAUACUCCAAUCUCCGCUGUGGAGCUUUGCAACUCCUUCAGGGUUAUCUUUGGUCUCUUUGUUGCCUCUCUGAUUAAAGCCCUCCUUGCCUGGUCCGUGUGUUUUGGUGGGUGGCCCUCUCUUGGCAGGUUUGUUGUGGUGCCAUAUUAUUUCAAUUAUUUAAUAAUGGAUUUAAUGGUGCUCCGUAGGAUGUUUAAAGUUUCUGAUAUUUUUUUAUAACCCAACCCUGAUCUGUACUUCUCCACAACUUUGUCCCUGACCUGUUUGGAGAGCUCCUUGGUCUUCAUGGUGCCGCUUGCUUGGUGGUGCCCCUUGCUUAGUGGUGUUGCAGGUGUAUAUACAGUCAGGUCCAUAAAUAUUUGGACAUUGACCAAGUUAUUAUUAUUUUAGCUGUCUACCACAGCAUAUUGGAGUUGAAAUUAAAUAAUGAAUAUGAGCUGAAUGUGCAGACUUUCAGCUUUAAUAUGAGGGUAUUUACAUCCAAAUCGGGUGAACGGUGUAGGAAUUACAGGACUUUUUAUAUGUGGUUCCCCCCUUUUUAAGGGACCAAAAGUAAUUGGACAAUUGGCUGCUCAGCUGUUCCAUGGCCAGGUGUGUGCUAUUCCCUAAUUAGUUAAUUUACAAGUAAGCAGAUAAAAGGUCUAGAGUUGAUUUCAAGUGUGGCAUUUGCAUUUGGAAUCUGUUGCUGUUAACCCUCAAUAUGAAGUCCGAGAGCUUUCACUGCCAGUGAAGCAAGCCAUCAUUAAGCUAAAUAAUCAAAACAAACCCAUCAGAGAGAUAGCAAAAACAUUAGGUGUGGCCAAAUCAACUAUUUGGUACAUUCUUAAAAAGAAAGAACACACUGGUGAGCUCAGGAACACCAAAAGUCCCGGAAGACUAUGCAAAACAACUGUGGUGGAUGACAGAAUAAUGAUUUCCCUGGUGAAGAAAAGCCCCUUCACAACAGUUGGCCAGAUCAAGAACAACCUCCGGGAGGUAGGCGUAUCUGUGUCAAAGUCAACAAUCAAGAGAAGACUUACAGAGGGUUUACCACAAGAUGAAAACCAUUGGUAAGCCUCAAAAACAGGAAGACCAGAUUAGAGUUUGCCAAAAAACAUCUAAAAAACCCUGUACGGUUCUGGAACCACAUCCUAUGGACAGAUGAGACAAAGAUCAACUUGUACCAGAAUGAUGGGAAGAGAAGAGUAUUGAGAAAGACAUUUGAAAGACAUUCCGGAGACAUUUGAAACCCCACCUCUUUAAGGAAUACCUGGGAUAGGAUAAAGGAAUCCUUCUACCCCCCCCCCCCCCCCAAUUUUAAAGUGGUUAUCCCACUGGCUAUAGGGUGAACGCACCAAUUUGUGAGUCGCUCUGGCUAAGAGCGUCUGCUAAAUGACGUUAAUGUGCCCUUGAGCAAGGCACUUAACCCUAAUUGCUCCUGUAAGUCGCUCUGGAUAAGAGCGUCUGCUAAAUGACUAAAAUGUAAAUGUAAAUGAGAAAGGAAGGAACUGCUCAUCAUCUGAAGCAUACCACCUCAUCUGUGAAGCAUGGUGGAGGUAUUGUUAUGUCGUGGGCAUGUAUGGCUGCCAAUGGAACGGGUUCUCUUGUAUUUAUUGAUGAUGUGACUGCUGACAAAAGCAGCAGGAUGAAUUCUGAAGUGUUUAGGGCUAUAUUAUCUGCUCAGAUUCAGCCAAAUGCUUCAAAACUCAUUGGACGGCACUUGACAGUGCAGAUGGACAAUGACCCGAAGCAGACUGCGAAAGCAACCAAAUAUUUUUUAAGGCAAAGAAGUGGAAUGUUCUGCAAUGGUCAAGUCAAUCAUCUGACCUCAAAUCAAAUCAAAUUUUAUUGGCCACAUGCGCCGAAUACAACAGGUGCAGACAUUACAGUGAAAUGCUUACUACAGCCCUUAACCAACAGUGCAUUUAUUUUUAAUAAAAAAGUAGAAUAAAACAAAAAAUUGUUGAGAAAAAAAGAGCAGAAGUAAAAUACAAUAACAGUAGGGAGGCUAUACAUACAGGGGGGUACCGGUGCAGAGUCAAUGUGCGGGGGCACCGGCUAGUUGAGGUAGUUGAAGUAAUAUGUACAUGUGGGGAGAGUUAAAGUGACUAUGCAUAAAUAAUUAACAGAGUAAGCAUAAAAAGAUGGGGGUGGGGGGCGGGGGCAGUGCAAAUAGUCUGGGUAUCCAUGAUUAGCUGUUCAGGAGUCUUAUUGCUUGGGGUAGAAGCUAUUGAGAAGUCUUUUGGACCUAGACUUGGCACUCCGGUACCGCUUGCCUUGCGGUAGCAGAGAGAACAGUCUAUGACUAGGGUGACCUGAAUCCAAUUGAGCAUGCAUUUCACUUGCUGAAGGCAAAACUGAAGGCAAAACCCCCCAAGAACAAGCAGGAACUGAAGACAGCUGCAGUAAAGGCCUGGCAGAGCAUCACCAGGGAAGAAACCCAACAUCUGGUGAUGUCAAUGGGUUCCAGACUUCAGACAGUCAUUGACUGCAAAGGAUUUCCAACCAAGUAUUAACACUCACAACUGAAUUUAUGAUUAUGUUAGUUUGUCCAAUUACUUUUGAGCCCCUAAAAUUAGGGAACUAUGUAUAAAAAUGGUUGUAAUUCCUACAUGGUUCAUACAAGAAUUUUGACAAAAAUUAAAGAUGAAAGUUUACACUUAAAGCACAUCUUGAUUGUUUCCUUUCAAAUCCAUUGUGGUGGCGUACAGAGCCAAAAUUAUGCAAAUUGUGUCACUGUCCAAAUACUUAUGGACCUGACUGUAUACUGAGAUCAUGUGACAGAUCGUGUGACACUUAGAUUGCACACAGGUGGACUUUAUUUAACUAAUUAUGUGACUUCUGAAGGUAAUUGGUUGCACCAGAUCUUAUUUAGGGGCUUCAUAGCAAAGUGGGUGAAUACAUAUGCACGCACCACUUUUCUGUUAUUUAUUUAUUUGAAUUUUUUUAAACAAGUUAUUUUUUUCAUUUCACUUUACCAAUUUGGACUAUUUUGUGUAUGUCCAUUACAUGAAAUCCAAAUAAAAAUCCAUUUCAAUUACAGGUUGUAAUGCAACAAAAUAGGAAAAAUGCUAAGGGGGACGAAUACUUUUGCAAGGCACUGUAUAUAAGAACAAAUAAAUAAUUAUAUAUAUAUAUAUACAGUGGGGAGAACAAAUAUUUGAUACACUGCUGAUUUUGCAGGUUUUCAUACUUACAAAGCAUGUAGAGGUCUGUAAGUUUUAUCAUAGGUACACUUGAACUGUGAGAGACGGAAUCUAAAACAAAAAUACAGAAAAUCACAUUGUAUGAUUUUUAAGUAAUUAAUUUCCAUUUUUAUGCAUGACAUAAGUAUUUGAUACAUCAGAAAAGCAGAACAUAAUAUUUGGUACAGAAACCUUUGUUUGCAAUUACAGAGAUCAUACGUUUCCUGUAGAUCUUGACCAGGUUUGCACACACUGCAGCAGGGAUUUUGGCCCACUCCUCCAUACAGACCUUCUCCAGAUCCUUCAGGUUUCGGGGCUGUCGCUGGGCAAUACAGACUUUCAGCUCCCUCCAAAGAUUUUCUAUUGGGUUCAUGUCUGGAGACUGGCUAGGCCACUCCAGGACCUUGAGAUGCUUCUUACGGAGCCACUCCUUAGUUGCCCUGGUUGUGUGUUUCGGGUCGUGGUCAUGAUGGAAGACCCAGCCACGACCCAUCUUCAAUGCUCUUACUGAGGGAAGGAGGUUGUUGGCCAAGAUCUCGCGAUACAUAGCCCCAUCCAUCCUCCCCUCAAUACGGUGCAGUCGUCCUGUCCCCUUUGCAGAAAAGCAUCCCCAAAGAAUGAUGUUUCCACCUCCAUGCUUCACGGUUGGGAUGGUGUUCUUGGGGUUGUACUCAUCCUUCUUCUUCCUCCAAACACGGCGAGUGGAGUUUAGACCAAAAAGCUCUAUUUCUGUCUCAUCAGACCACAUGACCUUCUCCCAUUCCUCCUCUGGAUCAUCCAGAUGGUCAUUGGCAAACUUCAGACGGGCCUGGACAUGCGCUGGCUUGAGCAGGGGGACCUUGCGUGCGCUGCAGGAUUUUAAUCCAUGACGGCGUAGUGUGUUACUAAUGGUUUUCUUUGAGACUGUGGACCCAGCUCUCUUCAGGUCAUUGACCAGGUCCUGCUGUGUAGUUCUGGGCUGAUCCCUCACCUUCUUCAUGAUCAUUGAUGCCCCACGAGGUGAGAUCUUGCAUGGAGCCCCAGACCGAGGGUGAUUGACCGUCAUCUUGAACUUCUUCCAUUUUCUAAUAAUUGCGCCAACAGUUGUUGCCUUCUCACCAAGCUGCUUGCCUAUUGUCCUGUAGCCCAUCCCAGCCUUGUGCAGGUCUACAAUUUUAUCCCUGAUGUCCUUACACAGCUCUCUGGUCUUGGCCAUUGUGGAGAGGUUGGAGUCUGUUUGAUUGAGUGUGUGGACAGGUGUCUUUUAUACAGGUAACGAGUUCAAACAGGUGCAGUUAAUACAGGUAAUGAGUGGAGAACAGGAGGGCUUCUUAAAGAAAAACUAACAGGUCUGUGAGAGCCGGAAUUCUUACUGGUUGGUAGGUGAUCAAAUACUUAAGUCAUGCAAUAAAAUGCAAAUUAUUUACUUAAAAAUCAUACAAUGUGAUUUUCAGGAUUUUUGUUUUAGAUUCCGUCUCUCACAGUUGAAGUGUACCUAUGAUAAAAAUUACAGUCCUCUACAUGCUUUGUAAGUAGGAAAACCUGCAAAAUCGGCAGUGUAUCAAAUACUUGUUCUCCCCACUGUAUACAUAUAUAUAUAUUUAAUAGUGACAGUAGUUUGUUUUUGGGGACAGUGGUCAUUAAUAUUUUCGCAGCAAUAUGUUCAAAAUAUGAUUUCAGAAGCUAUGAUGCAUGUCUUUCCAAUACUGUAAUUUCCAAUGACUUUGCAUCUCAUAUUGUGGGGCCCUUAUUUUAUAUUUAUCUUUACAGGUGAUGACGUGGACUGCGAACAGUGGUCUGAAAAUGAGUUUGUGAGUUCAAUCCACAUGCUUUAUUGAUUCUAAAACACUACAAUAUUAUAGAAAUGCUUCUAAAAUAAACUUGCAUCUGACAUUGCUUUCCACAGUAAUUUCACUAAUGUCAGCAGCUGUUCAGUGUUUACAUUUUACAUUACAUUUACAUUUACAUUUUAGUCAUUCACACAAAGCUGUUGGUCUGAGUAUCUUAACGAUUUCAUGAUGUUACAGGAGAGUGACACUUAUGAGGACCCUCAAGAGGAGAAGGAUGACAGCUAUGAGUCUCCUCCCAGUCAGAGAGUCUUCACCUCCACCUCGUCUGUCUCCUUUCCCAGGGGGGACUACGUAGGUGAGAACUCUUCCACUCUACCACACACACACACGUACGCAUCCAUGCAGGCAUGCACACACGCAGGCACUCGCACACACACACAACCACACAAAGCUACUACUACUCUCUCUCACACACACACACACACACACACACACACACACUCACACACACACAUACACACACACACACACACACACAGUACACACACAGUACACACACACACACACACACAAAAUGACCCAUCAUGCAGCCAUGCAUGCCAAGCUUCUAGUUAACAAAUUAAAGAAUGCCAUGUCUGGCUAUUCAAGACUACUCUAUCCUCUGUCUACAUGUAUCUAUUUCAUGGAGAAUCUGUGUUUAGUUCAUGUUAGGAGGACUACUGUAUAUAAACCACAUAUUUUGACAUGCUUGCAUGCAUGAAGGAAAUAAGCUUUUGGAGCUUUUGGCUGAUAAGCUUUUGGAGCGACCGCUUGAAAUGACGUGGAAACAACGUUGAUUCAACCAGUGUGUGCCCAGUGGGUAGUCAGUGGACCGUGACAGACACAGAGCGCCGCAAUGAUGGCGUGUUGUAGCGUUAUGCAAAUACUGAUGUCCUGUUUCUGCUUUUGCUUCUAUUUCUAGACAGCUGCCGCAGCAGGCCAAACCAUCCACCCAGGAAGCCCAUCUGGCCUCCAAAGACCACCAAACCAUCCCCGUCACCAUCACUGUCCCCCAAACCCAACCAGCAGGACUAUGAUGAAGUAAUGUGCAGUUAGGCAAAACAAGAAUGAUUCUAGUUGCUUUCUGUUUUCAUGACAGUAUGAUAUCUGUCAUACCUUCAUGACAGCAUAUUGACAGAUUAUUUGCCUCAUACUUUUUCAUUACACAUUGUGUGAUCAUUGUCUUUAGGAAGACUACGUCAACCCAGAAAGUGACGAUGAAGGCAACUAUAUAAACCCCACAGAGGAAUCGCCUGCUAGUAAGCUAUCCCAAUAAAUGAAUCAGACACUGGAAAUAAGACCAAUAUCUACAGUACACUAUGUGCCUCAAUUAUAUUAUCUUCAACAAACAGGUGCCAUGAAACAUUGUAUCUGUUGCCAAUCACUGUCAGACAAACCUUACCAAGACACCUUAAUGUCAACAUACAAUACACAUGUAAACUUCCCUUCAGACCGUCCGAUGCAUGGAAGAGGCAAACCAGUAAUGAGCAGACCUUCAAUGUCCAAGACUGUGCCAGAGUGCUCAAAUGGCCUAGGUAUGUAACUGCAUCUCACCAGGGGCACUCAACAUAUGGAAUUGAUUGGGGGGAUUGAUUGAAUUUCAACAGAUUUCAACACAUUACAUUUAUUGUGCUUAGUGUGCCGGACUGGGUUAGAAUUUUGAGGCUUAGCCUUUUUGUUUUGUUUUUCAGAUGUGUAUGAAGUUCCUGACAUGGAGGUGGGUUUGAUAACCAAUGGCUAAUACAUUACAAUUAAUAGCAUAGUAAAUUACUAUGCAAUGACUUUAGGAUUAUGCUUGAGGUGUCCCAUUUUCUCUUUUAUCUAAAGGAAAACUCUCCUCCCCCAGUGAGCAGGUCAGUUCUGGUUCAGGGAUGGUAGCACUUUUCAGACCGGCUCAAAUGGGAUCAACAUUUCCCCUGACGGAAAUACAGUAUCUAAAUAUCUAUCCAUUGGAAAAGAUACAAAAAUGACAGCUUUUUUCUCACAUAUGUUUUUUUUUACAGACCUUCCACACUCCUCAGAUUCCCUACACAGAGUUUGCCCCCUAGAGCCAGCCCAAGGUGCUAACAAUGAAGGAAACUGACAUUAAUAAUUAACUGACAUUAAUAACAUUAAUAAUUAAUAUGUUCUCUUCUCUCUCUAGAAUGCACAUAAAGACAUUUCAUCCCAUCCCAGUAAGUGCUACUGUACCAAAGAGACUCUGGACUUUGUACCUGACCCCAAAUACUUUAUUUGAUGCGAUAGUAAUAGAACAGUAAAGAUUGGAUAUUAUCAGCACGGGAAUCACUUAUUUAUUAAAAAGUAUUAUUGUCAUCCAGGUCCAGGAGCCCAUAGAUGAUGAUGAAUAUGAAGUCUGCAAUCCAGAUGAAAGUAUGUAUUCAUCCAUAUUACCACCAUCAGCCAAAUGACUAAACCGUUGAACAUUAAUGUGGCAAUAAUACAUUCUAAAAGAAUACAGACAACUAUUAACAAAGACCAUUGUUCCAUAUCCUCAAAAUAUUUGAUGUACUAUAUUGGUAGUUAUUUCAACUGGCUAAUUAUUCCAUCUAGUGGAUUGCCAAAUGCAAAGCAAAAAUGCAACAAUAAGUUGCAUGGACUCACUUUGUGUGCAAUAAUAGUGUUUAGCAUUAUUUUUGAAUGACUACCACAUCUCUGUACCUCACACAUACAAUUAUAUGUAAAGUCCCUCAGUCGAGCAGUGAAUUUUAAACACAGAUUUAACCACAAAGACCAGGGAUGUUUUCAAAUGCCUCGCAAAGAAGGGCAUAUAUUGGUAGAUGGGUAAUUAAACAAAAGCAGACAUUGAAUAUCCCUUUGAGCAUGGUGACGUUAUUAAUUACACUUUGGAUGGUCUACCAAUACACCCAGUCACUACAAAGAUACAGGCGUCCUUCCUAACUCAGUUGCCAGAGAGGAAGGAACCGCUCAGGGAUUGCACCAUGAGGCCAAUGGUGACUUUAAAACAGUUACAAAGUUUAAUGGCUGUGAUAAGAGAAACCUUAGAAUGGAUCAAGAGCAAUGUAGUUGCUUACAAUACUAACCUAAAUGACAGUGACAAAAAGGAAGCCUGUACAGAAUUAAAAUAUUCCUAAACAUGCAUCCUGUUUGCAAUAAGGCACUAAAGUAAAACUGCAAAAAAUGUGGCAAAGAAAUGAACUUUAUGUCCUGAAUACAAAGCGUUAUGUUUGGGGCAAAUCCAACACAACGCAUCACUGUGUACCAACUCUUCAUAUUUUCAAGCAUGGUGGUGGCUGCAUCAUGUUAUGGGUAUGCUUGUCAUCGGCAAGGACUAGGGAGUUUUUUAGGAUAAAUCACAGGCAAAAUCCUAAAGAAGAACCUGCUUCAGUCUGCUUUCCAGCAGACACUGGGAGACAAAUUCACCUUUCAGCAGGACAAUAACCUAAGACACAAGGCCAAAUAUGCACUGGAGUUGCUUACCAAGACAACAUUGAAUGUUCCUGAGUGGCCUAGUUACAGUUUUGACAUAAAUCGGCUUGAAAAUCUAUGGCAAGACUUGAAAAUGGCUGUCUAGCAAUAAUCAACAACCAACUUGACAGAGCUUGAAGAGUAAAUUAAAUUAUAAUGUGCAAAUACUGUACAAUCCAGGUGUGCAAAGCUCUUAGAGACGUACCCAGAAAGACUCACAGCUGUAAUCCCUGCCAAAGGUGAUUCUAACAUGUAUUGACUCAGGGGGUUGAAUAUAUAUGUAAUGAAGUUAUAUUCGUAUUUUAUUUUUCAUAUAUUUUUAAAUAAAUGUUAUAAUUUUUCUUCCAUUUUGACAUUACAGAGUAUUUUGUGUAGAUCGUUGACAAAAAAUGACAAUUUAAUCCAUUUUAAUCCCACUUUGUAACACAUCGAAAUGUGGAAAAAGUCAAGUGGUGUGAAUACUUUCUGAAGGCACUGUACAUGAGACACAACACAACAUACAUAACAAUGAAUGGAAGUUAAAACAGUGUAAAGAGCAUAAAAUAACUUAACAUUGUGUUACUUAACAGAACUUACUUUAUAUGUGUGAAUUUACUGUAUGUCAUCUCUGUUCUCCUAGGUGGCAGUACAAAGUCAGCGGAGAAACCACUGCCCGCACUUCCCAAAACAAUACCCAGAGAGACGUACGUGUCACUCACUAAAAUCAUAUAUAAUUUAUUUUCUGUUCAUUGCUGACUGCUCGUUCACUUAGAAGAGCACCGGAAAAGUCUGGUUUCAGGGAUUACUUAACUCACAUAAUCCUCUCUAUUUUAGGAAGCCAUUGAAGCCAUCUUUUAGGCCGGUAGGGGAACCUCUAAAAUAUAUUUUUGGGAAAAAACUAAGUGUGAAAUUCUAAAUUCUAUGGGGAAUGGUGCAGGAUGAUCAUGUUUGUCUUUUUUCAGAGGCCAGAUUUUGCAUCCAGGGAAAAUGAAGGUAGUUACCUAUUCCUAAACUGAUUUGAUUUCAUAAUAUUUUAUGCAUAUGAAAUGCAUUACAGUACAUAGCGCACACAAUGAAAUAAAUGACAUGUCUGUAAAUUGCUGUAAGUUGUUAAAUCCAGAAAGUGUUUAUGCAGUCAUCCACUUGCAUAAUAGUAGACUACUGUAACACACUCUCUUGCUAUGUCUGCUUUUCCACAGGCCCAGCACUGCCCACGAGGCACAUUACCCAGAAACUCACGGCCACACCCCAGCCCUCUGAAUACAAACGUGCCAAGUAAGAAACAUCAUGACUUCAUAAGAAAUAUCUCUAUUUUGCACCAUGCACAUACAGUGGGGAAAAAAAGUAUUUAGUCAGCCACCAAUUGUGCAAGUUCUCCCACUUAAAAAGAUGAGAGAGGCCUGUAAUUUUCAUCAUAGGUACACGUCAACUAUGACAGACAAAUUGAGAAAAAAAAAUCCAGAAAAUCACAUUGUAGGAUUUUUAAUGAAUUUAUUUGCAAAUUAUGGUGGAAAAUAAGUAUUUGGUCACCUACAAACAAGCAAGAUUUCUGGCUCUCACAGACCUGUAACUUCUUCUUUAAGAGGCUCCUCUGUCCUCCACUUGUUACCUGUAUUAAUGGCACCUGUUUGAACUUGUUAUCAGUAUAAAAGACACCUGUUCACAACCUCAAACAGUCACACUCCAAACUCCACUAUGGCGAAGACCAAAGAGCUGUCAAAGGACACCAGAAACAAAAUUGUAGACCUGCACCAGGCUGGGAAGACUGAAUCUGCAAUAGGUAAGCAGCUUGGUUUGAAGAAAUCAACUGUGGGAGCAAUUAUUAGGAAAUGGAAGACAUACAAGACCACUGAUAAUCUCCCUCGAUCUGGGGCUCCACGCAAGAUCUCGCCCCGUGGGGUCAAAAUGAUCACAAGAACGGUGAGCAAAAAUCCCAGAACCACACGGGGGGACCUAGUGAAUGACCUGCAGAGAGCUGGGACCAAAGUAACAAAGCCUACCAUCAGUAACACACUACGCCGCCAGGGCCUCAAAUCCUGCAGUGCAAGACGUGUCCCCCUGCUUAAGCCAGUACAUGUCCAGGCCCGUCUGAAGUUUGCUAGAGUGCAUUUGGAUGAUCCAGAAGAGGAUUGGGAGAAUGUCAUAUGAAACCAAAAUAUAACUUUUUGGUAAAAACUCAACUCGUCGUGUUUGGAGGACAAAGAAUGCUGAGUUGCAUCCAAAGAACACCAUACCUACUGUGAAGCAUGGGGGUGGAAACAUCAUGCUUUGGGGCUGUUUUUCUGCAAAGGGACCAGGACGACUGAUCCGUGUAAAGGAAAGAAUGAAUGGGGCCAUGUAUCGUGAGAUUUUGAGUGAAAACCUCCUUCCGUCAGCAAGGGCAUUGAAGAUGAAACGUGGCUGGUUCUUUCAGCAUGACAAUGAUCCCAAACACACCGCCCGGGCAACGAAGGAGUGGCUUCGUACGAAGCAUUUCAAGGUCCUGGAGUGGCCUAGCCAGUCUCCAGAUCUCAACCCCAUAGAAAAUCUUUGGAGGGAGUUGAAAGUCUGUGUUGCCCAGCGACAGCCCCAAAACAGCACUGCUCUAGAGGAGAUCUGCAUGGAGGAAUGGGCCAAAAUACCAGCAACAGUGUGUGACAACCUUGUGAAGACUUACAGAAAACAUUUGACCUGUGUCAUUGCCAACAAAGGGUAUAUAACAAACUAUUGAGAAACUUUUGUUAUUGAGCAAAUACUUAUUUUUCACCAUAAUUUGCAAAUAAAUUCAUAAAACAUCCUACAAUGUGAUUUUCUGGAUUUCUUUUCCUCAUUUUGUCUGUCCUAGUUGACUUGUACCUAUGAUGAAAAUUACAGGGCUCUCUCAUCUUUUUAAGUGGGAGAACUUGCACAAUUGGUGGCUGACUAAAUACUUUUUUUUCCCCACUGUACAAUGCUAUGAAAAAGUAUUUGCCCCCUUUCUAAUUUUCUCUACUUUUGCAUAUUUGUGAUACUGAAUGUUAUCAGAUCUUCAACCAAAACCUAAUAUUAGAUAAAGGGAACAUAAGUGAACAAAUAACACAACAAUUACAUAUUUAUUUCAUAAACAAAGUUAUGCAACACCCAAUUCCCCUGUGUGAAAAAGUAAUUGCCCCCCACUCAAUAACUGGUUGCCCCACCUUUAGCUGCAAUGACUCCAACCAAAUGCUUCCUGUAGUUGUUGAUCAGUCUCUCACGUCGCUGUGGAGGAAUUUUGGCCCACUCUUCCAUGCAGAACUGCUUUAACUCAGUGACGUGCUCGUUUCAAGUCCUGCCACAACAUCUCAAUUGGGAUUAGGUCUGGACUUUGACUAGGCCAUUCCAAAAUUUCCGAAUUUUUUUAUUUUUUUUUAGCAAUUUUCAUGUAUGAUGUUCUUACUGUGGAAUGCAGUGUUUGGUUUUCGGCAGGCAUAAUGGGACCCAUCUCGUCCAAGAAGUUGACUCAAGUUUGCCAAAAAGCACCUGGAUGAUCAUCAAGACUCUUGGAAGAACGUUCUAUGACAGAUGAUUCAAAAGUAUAACUUUUUGGACGACAUGGUUCCAGUAAUGCCUUGCGAAAACCAAACUCUGCAUUCCACAGUAAGAACAUCAUACCAAAGGUCAAGCAUGGUCGUGGUGGUGUGAUGGUUUGGGGAUGCUUUGCUGCCUCAGGACCUGGAUGACGCCUUAAUAGAAGGAACCAUGAAUUCUGCUCUGUAUCAGAGAAUUCUACAGGAGAAUGUCAGACCAUCCGUCUGUGAGCUGAAGCUGAAGCGCAGCUGGGUCAUGCAGCAAGACAAUGAUCCAAAACACACAAUCAAGUCUACAUGAAAAUUGCUAAAAAACAACAAAUUUGACGUUUUGGAAUGGCCUAGUCAAAGUCCAGACCUAAUCCCAAUUGAGAUGUUGUGGCAGGACUUGAAACGAGCAGUUCAUGCUUGAAAACCCACACGUCACUGAGUUAAAGCAGUUCUGCAUGGCAGAGUGGCCCAAAAUUCCUCCACAGCGACGUGAGAGACUGAUCAACAACUACAGGAAGCAUUUGGUUGGAGUCAUUGCAGCUAAAGGUGGGACAACCAGUUAUUGAGUGUAAGGGGGCAAUUACUUUUUCACACAGGGGAAUUGGGUGUUGCAUAACUUUGUUUAUGAAAUAAAUAUGUAAUUGUUGUGUUAUUUGUUCACUUAUGUUCCCUUUAUCUAAUAUUAGGUUUUAGUUGAAGAUCUGAUAACAUUCAGUAUCACAAAUAUGCAAAAGUAGAGAAAAUUAGAAAGGGGGCAAAUACUUUUUCAUAGCACUGUAUCUCUUUAUAGCCUGGUCCCAGAUCUGUGUGUACUGUCUUGCAGAGUUAGCAAAACUGCACAAACCGACAUGGGUCAAGACCAAUAUAAAUUCUCCUGGAAUGUUCUUAUUUUCUCUACUGCAGGAUUCCUCUGCCACAGAUGUUUACCUCUCACAGUAAGUACAGGUCUGAGAGACUUGUGUCUCAUAUUGAUUAUAAAUUAUAUGUGAAUGGCCACAGGCAGAUGACCAUAACCUUGACCCUGACAGUGACACAACACAGCAAAUAUUUAUUCUGUAAAUGGAUUCUGCUGUGUCCAUACAAACGAAAUGUUUAUUUUGUUUUUUUGUUAUUUACUGUUUUCUAAUUCCCAGAACCUGACAGAGGAACUGUACCCACAGCUGAAAACGGGUUAACAGACACUGAAGAGGUGAUAAAGACCUGACCAAAAUUUCACUAUUUUAUGUAUAACAUACUAUGAUGUAGCUCAAAAUACUGGUUAUGACAUGCACAAUGCAUGGAUGAAUACACUAUUAAAGUUUGUGAAAAUUGCAAAGGAUAUAAGCGCCACAUGGACUUGGCUUUAAACACACUUUCUUGUUUCUGUAUUUUUGUGGUUGUUGUAGGGGACAGAUGUCUUGAAGAAACCCUGGUAUGCCAGCACCUGUGAUCGUAAGACAGCUGAGGAUGCUUUGGUUCGCUCAAAUAAGGCGAGUCUCACUCACCGGAAUACGGACAAUUAAACAUACUCUUAUUAUAAUCACAGUCUUAAGAUAAACUUGCAUUUUUUUAUAAACGAAAUCAUGGGGUUAGGAUAAAAAUUAGACUUUGAUUGCUCCAACUAACUGUACUGUGUAUAUCCUUUGUUUCAGGAUGGGUCAUUCCUAAUAAGGAAGAGCUCUGGUCAGGACACACAGCAGCCAUACACUUUAGUGGUGUAUUACAACAGUAGAGUCUACAACAUCCCAGUGCGCUACAUCCAAGCAUCGCAGCGAUACGCUCUUGGAAGGGAGAAGAAAGGAGAGGAGGUAGACAGAAUCUCAUCAUGCUCUAUGGGCUACAAAACACGUUUCUGAUAUCAAUGUAAUAUUGAUGGCCUGAUUGCUAACCUAUAGGCCUGACACCUCUUAUUGUAUUCCCUCAGCAUUUCACCAGUGUUUCCAACAUCAUUGAGAACCAUCAGAGGAACCCCCUGGUACUGAUUGACAGCCAGAGUAACACCAAAGACUCUACCAAACUGUGCUAUGCUGUGAAACCUUAGGCCUCGCUAAACCCUAACUAGUCCUAUGGACCAUCAGGGAUUUAAGGUUCGGACUUGCAGUCACAUCCCAAAUCAGUGCGUCUAGUGUAAGACCUGUGUGCAAGUCAACAGGCAAUUUGAUGCUGCUCUCAGUCUGAUAUUAUAGACCAUCUGUUCAGGGUUUGUGAGAAACAGUUGGAUUAGUCUAGUUACAUUCACCAGCCAUGGCUAUUCAAGCAAGACCAGAAUGAAAUUGACUUACUGUAAUGUGCUAGUCUCUCUAGACAGACAGGUUGCUUCUGGCAAUGUACCAAUGCUCCAGCUUAACACGUCUGUACGUAAUAUAACGUCAGUUUGGCAUAGAGGGACUACAUCACUGCCUUCUCCGCCUGUUGCCCACAUCCCCCGGACACAAAAUAGUAGCUAUCAAGACGAAGAUCACAGAGGUUAUUUUUAAUGAGUGCGUUUCGUAAGUGGCUGGUUUGCAUCAACUACCUUCACUAAAACCACUGCAAAGGUUUUGCCUGCAAACUUUGUAUCGUGAUUUGAUGGGAGAGGUGUCUGUCUGAAGAGGACCCUCCUGGAACCAUUUUUUCCCCCUUUUUGAAGUUACUAAGUCAGUCCGUCAUGAUUCCCAGACCCUAGUCACUGCUGUUGCCUAGGGUCGGGUUUCCGAGAAUGGUACUGUGCCAAUUCAGUAAAAUAGUUAAUGUGUGUACAUUUUCAAACUUGUGUUGAACAUUUUGCAUUCUAUGGGGUCUUUCCACCAAGCAUGGCCCCUCAGACAGUGCCAUUAUGUAUUCUUAAAGAAUAAAAUCUUGUAGAAAUAUUAUAACUAGAAAGUAACUACAGUAAGUAUGAAUGGUGUACGAUGCUGGAAAGCAACACCAGUUGAACAAAGAAAUGUAUGC